AGCGUCGCGCGACUCCUGGCCAGGGGCGCUGUCGUCCCAUCAGGCUACCGCUUCCUUCUCUUUGCCCGCCCCCUCUUUCCCUCCUCAGCCGUUGGGCCGCUAUCCGGAGCGGCCACGCCCACCGCUUACCUGCUCACACGUCACGUCGCGAGAGCGUUGGAUUUCGACCUGCGCGGCGCUUUUGGCGGAGUAAGAGGAAGGAGGCGGCGCAGGAUCAGGCAGAGGAAACACCUGUGGAGGGCGAAGGGCCUCCCUCGGCUCGAAGGACAAAGGGCGGGCAAGCGAGAGGGGGGCGGUUCCCGGAAUGCAACGGGGUGUAGCCCCCCACUAGUCCACCUUCUGGUCCUCCUCCUGUGCGCAAGCCCCUUUUGGGUAAGUAGGAUGCAGCUACUUGCGGGGCUUAAAAUUCAAUCUGCUUGGGCGUCAUGGUGGCUUUUUAAUUGCAGGAGCUCUUUUUGAAACAGCAGGAACAAAUUGGCAGGUUCUGUAGCUUGUCCUCAAAGCUGCCUCUUACUCAGGCCAUACGUUUAAAACAUGCUUUAGUUAUUUAUUGCAUGUAUAUCCCACCUUUUUCUCCGAGAAACUCAAGGUAGCAUGUAUGUUUCCCCCCAUUUUCUCCUCGCAACAGCCCUGUGGGGUUAGGUUAGGCUGAGAGUGUGUGGCUGGCCCAACGUCCCUCCUGAUAAUAAUAAUAAUAAUUUAUUUAUUUAUUCAUACCCCACCCAUCUGGCUGGGUUUUCCCAGCCACUCUGGACGGCUUCCAAUAAAAGAUUAAAAAUACAUUAAAACACCAGUCAUUAAAAACUUCCCUAAACAGGGCUGCCUUCAGAUGUCUCAUGGGUGAUUUCAGAUCCUAGUCUGACGCUAACCACUGCACCACACGGGCAUCACAAUAUAAAGUCACUUCCCAGGCGCCCUCAAAUUCAGCCUUCCAGAUGUUUUGAGACUAAAAUUCCCAUCAUCCCUGACCACUGGUCCUGCUAGCUAGGGAUCAUGGGAGUUGUAGGCCAAAAACAUGGAGGGCUGAGUUUGAAGAAGCCUGCUUCAAACAGUCAUAGCUGUCUUCCCCCCCCCCCCCCGAAUAAUUAUGGGAGCUAUAGUUUAUUAAGAGUGCUGAAAGUUGGUAGGAUACCUCCCAGAGUGAAGGCCAAAAUGAGGAAUUAGUACAGCUUUUCUAGCCUCUUCUAUCCAUGUCCCCGGGUGGUUUCCUGCUUCCGAUGUAUCUAAAAACUAUGUAAAAGUUUGUCUUACCAAUAAGCUCUUCAAAUUAUUUUCCACUUGUAUUACCCAUUCACUAAUGCUUGUUUUGCCACAUUAUGUGUUCCUUAUUAUUUUUAUUUAAAUAAGACAUGCAUUUCAAGUAAAGCUUUUUUGCUUCCUUAACUCUGCUCAUUAGCCAUACUGGCAUUCUGUUAGAUUAUUUGUAUAUUAUUAGUUCACUAAAUAUAUGGGAACUCAUUUGCAUAGGGUCCUUGUUAACUCAGUGUUUUGAGGAAGACAAGCUUUUUAUUUGCGGCAUUGUAGCCUAUUUUUAGAAAAGCCUACCUGUCGAGGUUACCGUUCUUGUAUCUUCACUGUGGUUUGAUGUAUCCCCUUCCAUUAAUUCAUGGCAAUUUUAUGCAGGUACAACAAUGGAUCUUGUCCUGGCAUAUGCAGAUGACUCCGUUUUGACGCCUUAUGUUUAUCCAACAGCAUGGCCAGAAAAUAACCCUUUUCGACAGUUUAUUAGCCUUAUUGUCAUAACAAAUGUGGGUGCUCUUAUCCUUUAUUUGCUGAUUGGCAGUCUCAGCUACUACUUCAUAUUUGAUCACUCACUAAAGAAACAUCCUCAGUAUUUGGAGGUGAGUCACUGUGUCACAGCUCUUCCCUUUUCUAAGUUCUUCAGUGGUCUAUGGCUAGACUUCAGAGAGUCUUGUAUGUACCUUUCUGGAAUUUCUGUACGCAGACAGACCUCUGCUGUGUGUGGUGCUUUUGUUUGUUUGUUUUCACCCUAGUAAAUGCAGUCACGUUUUAACCAAUAUGGUCAUUUUGGAACAUCCUUGUAACACUUAAUAUUUUGAAAUGCAAACAGUUUAGAUUUAAACUAUGGGUAUUUUCAGUGUGAUUUGCUAUUUCGGUGAAAGCAUUUUCUUCUCUUAGCAUUUCUAGGCCUAAUCUGCUUAAGGUUGUUACGCUCCAACUAUUUUGUGCAAAUGUUCAUUGGCUUCUGGAAUAUAGUGAGGUAGCCUUUUUAAUUCGCAGAGCUUAAAGAGCUAGAAUGGUGAUUUUUCCACCUAUUCUUUCUGAACCUGCUUGCUUAAGAUUGCGGUGGUGACUCUAGUGCUUAUGUAAACUAAUCUGGAUUACUGGAGUAUGAACAAAUGAAGUACUCACUUUGGUGGGCUGGCAUCUUGGCCAAAACCUUCGACGCAAUCAACGCUUCUGGUAUCAUCCCCAAAAUAUGGAAGGAGGCCAUUAUAGUACCAAUUCAUAAAAAAGGUUCUCCAAUGGAGCCGGAAAAUUACCGUAACAUCAGCCUCCUUUCGAUCAUAGGGAAAAUUUAUGCCAGCUUCUUGCUGACGAAACUAUCGCGAUGGGUAGAUGAGACUAACCAGAUUGGCCACGAACAAGCAGGGUUCAGAAUUAAACGCUCUACAACUGAUCAUGCGAUAGUUCUUUACCAUCUGGCACGGAAGUACUCCUCCCCUCCCCGGGGCUACCUGUGUGCUGCCUUCUUAGAUCUUAAGGCAGCCUUCGACAGCGUUCCUAGAAAUAUUCUUUGGGAGAAACUUGCGAAACUGGGCAUCGAUAGAAGGCUCUUAUGGCUCAUAAGUCAGCUCCACGAAGGUACCCUUGCCAGAGUGAGACUUACUCCUGCGGGCGACCUCACAAAUUCGAUACCAAUCAACAAGGGAGUGCGCCAAGGAUGUAUAUUGGCCCCCUGCCUAUUCAAUCUAUUCAUCAGCGACAUGCGAGCACCUCUAGUCAACUCAUCUCCAAGUACACAUGCGCCUAGACUAGCGGAUUACCGCUGUCCACUCCUUUUAUAUGCGGACGACGCGGUAAUUCUAUCUUAUACACGUGUUGGACUAACCAGAGCUCUGAAGAUCUUUGCCACGUAUUGUCAACUCAACCAAUUAACCAUCAAUCAUGCUAAAUCUAAGAUUCUGAUUUUCGCCAGAAGUCGGAGAUUAUACGAAUGGAAGCUUGGUGGAGCAAAAAUAGAGCAAGUCCUAAAAUUUCAAUACCUAGGAGUUAUUUUUCAAUACAAUCUGGGGUGGAAAGCACAUAUUCAACACCUACUUAAUAAGGCCAAAACUUUGUCAUAUGCGCUCCUCCGAUUUUUCUUUUCGGAUGGAGCUUUGCAUGUUCCCUCGGCCCUAAAGGUGUUCAAGGCAAAAGUGGUUCCCGUGCUUGCUUAUGCUGCCCCGCUCUGGGUCGUGAUGACAGACCUUGCUCCUCUUGAGACUUUGCAAAACCAAUUCCUACGUCGGCUCCUAAUGCUCCCCCUGUGCGUAAGCAACGCAGCCAUGCGUCUAGAAUUGAGGAUCGCAUCCUUAGAAACUUGCCUGUGGAAGCAAGUCUUCAAUUAUUG